GUGCGUAAUGGACAGGGGAAAGGGGACCUUGCGAGACAGAAAACAGAGAAGAACGGGACAUGGUAUCGACGAGAGGGAGUCGCCAAGAGAUUAGCGACCAUGCAGCGCUGCAAUCACAAUGGAGGGGGGAGGUCCGAGUGGAAUCUGAUGAAGGCGGUCCGGAAAGCGGCGCUGACAGGAAUGUUGAUGCCAGGGGGGACAGCGGGGCAGAGCAUGGAGGGGGGCGAAAUUAGUUUGAGAGUGAAUCAGGAGAUGGCGAGAGUGUACGUCACGUACAUGCGCGCGCACGCAGUAUUGAUCCGAUUCGAGGGUCUGCUGAGACAAUUCUCAUCGGAACUGAAGGUAGAUCUCGUCGGCCAGUGGGAGGGCACAUGUCCACGACUGGCGAGAGGACGAUUCAAGGGGAGGAUGACUGUGGAGGGGCCCGCGACGAUCCUCUAUUGGGCACCAUCGGCGAUGUUGAGAACGUGGUUGGUGGAAACUCGUAAGGAAGAGAAGGUCAACAUCAAUGGCCAAGAGCAUGUGGCUACCUUUGCACCAUGGAAAACGCCGGUGGAGCUCGAGUGGGAUAGACUGAUGGAGCGCAAGCGCCACCCGUGGGUGAAGUUUAUUCAUCCUCCGCCGAUAGUACGAACCUUCUUGCGAGAGACAGCCGCUCACCUUUUCGGCKAAGUGMUSAAYGACRAGGGGRCCAGAACAAYGGAUGCCCURGGGAGGGAGGAAAUAACAUUCCACCUACGUCCACCUCUUAGAAGGAUAGGUUUGGACCGGUUGGUGAUCGACCUAGGGAUAUAUGGUCGUCAUUCGGUCCGACAUAUCACUGGCGAGACACCCUGGUGCACGACAUGCAGACGACAUGGCCACCUGGCAGGGAACAUGGGCUGCCUCACGAUACAAGAGACAAGGAGAGAACUCAACAAUAGAGAGAGGAGGCUGCGAGAAGACCCGGCAAGACCGAGGAAUGUGAGAGAAGAGAUAGAAGGAUGGAUCAAAUUCGAGCAGCAACAUGAUUACGUGAUCAGUGCAGAGCUCCUGGUAGAGGGUAGCUUCGUCGAUGUGGAGGGAGUGUCGACAGGGCACUUCCUCCCCUCGGUGAGAAUACGGCAACUCUCCAAUCAGGGCAAUGGGAGUGGCCCCGCGGAGAAUUGGACGGAAGGGGAGAUCGAAGGAAGACAGGAGGGGGAGGUGCAGCAGAGGGCUUUGGGUCGUGACAAAGCACAGGAAAAGGGGGAGGAUGAAGAGGAGAGGCAGGGGUGGCGAAGAACGCCUGAGAGUGCGAAGAGGGAGAAGGGGAACGCAGGGGUAGCGGGGAGACAGAAUGAAAGCGGACAGCAGGGGCGGGGAAAGAGGGAGGAAAGGGGGGAGAAUGAGGGAGACCGACCGCAGCGACAACAAACGAGAGAGGUCGAGAUGGGGGAGAAUAAGGAGGGAGGAGAGGACGGGGAGACCCCAUGGGGAACAGCAGAGGGUGAGCAGGGGGAUGUGGAGAUGAUCGAUCGGGAGGGAGGGGGUGAAAUCUGCCCCCCGGAAGGGAGGGGGGAACAGAGAAGACCAUCGAGAUUGGAACAGCUGGAAAGGGACUAGCGGGCGAUCUUGGGAAGUAAGGAGGAAGAGAGGUGUCUGGAAGGGCUGGAAGGGGGGGGGGGGGGG